UGCGAAGGAAAUGAACCAGCCAGCGGCUGUUUGUAAAAAAAUUUGGACAAAUCUUCGAGAUUCCUUCAGAAGAGCUUUGAAAAAAAAACGUGAAACAAAAAGUGGACAGGCCGCCUCAAAAAUAAAAAAUAGAAAUUUGAAGAUGAGAUGUCAUUUCUAAUACCAUUCAUGCAAGAAAGGGACACAUAUAGUAAUUUGAAACAUGUCGGUGAUGAUGAUAAUGAAGAUGAACCGAAUGAAGACGAAUAUGAUGAUAAAAACGAUGAUAGAAGAGAUGAUCGAAAUAACGAUAGAGGUGAUGAUCGAAACAACGAUAUAGAGAAGGAUGAUCGAAACGACAAUAGAGGAGAUGAUCGGAACGACGAUAAAGAUUAUGACAAGGAUGAUAAUGCGGAUGAAGAGUUACAUGCUGAGAAUGAAAAAAAGAAAAAACAAAAAGAAAUCAACAGAAAAAUUAUCAACUUAGCAAGGAAUAAGAGAAAUACAUACAAACAUCAAACACAACCAGAAACGGCAUCAGCAGUGGUGAUGAAAUAUUUAUUAGAUAAGAACAACGAUAAACCGCAAAUAACUCCACUGACUUAACAAUCCAAUGCAAUAGACACGUUCUUUUCAAGUAUAGCAGCAACAGUAAAAAAUUUUUUUCCCUACUAUCAAAAUAUAGCCAAAUCUCAAGUAUUUUCGAUCAUCAGUGACCUUGAAAUGAAGCAAAUUAUGCAAGAACAACCAUUUUUUGUACCUAAUACACCCACGCAAUGUCAACGGUCUGCACAAAUGCCAGCAUAUCAUACUGGCCUAUAUAAUGUGUCACAUUCUGUACCAUCACCGUCACCAUCACCAUCACUAUCGUCAUCAACGAUACAAACUUUAUUUCCUACACCUUUAAGAAUAGCAACUCCAACUCCAUCACCAUCAUAUUAUGAUUUUCCGGCAACGCCACAAUUCAGCGAGGAAACAGCAUAUAUAAAAAAAUACAAAAAUGUAAAUUCAAUAAAAAAUCUUUACCGUAAACAAACUGCAAGUCUUUCUGUCGGUGAAAUCGCCUCACGGAACGAUGUAUUUUGUUUUUGUAACAUAGGUUUAAUUAAUUUUAACAAAUCAUAAAAUUUGCAUUGUGGCAUUCUAAAAUACUGUUAAAAUUUGUCGUCAUAUUUUAAUAACUCUUUGAACAAUGUCCAAUGCUCUCCUUCAAGUUUCCUUUUUUUCAAUAUUAGAUGUAUCCAUUUUCGAUUUCUUUUUUUCAUUUUUUUGACUUCGGCUUCAUCUUCGUCUAAAAGUAUAAAUAUAAGAGCCAAUUCAUCGUCGCUGAAUGAUCCAUCUAUUGUGAC